UUGCCUCAUCAGGUGCGAAGUGUGUGCUUUAGUGUCGUGGUAGGCCUGGCUUCGCAGAGAGGGAGGGGAAAGGUUGUAACCACUCCUUUGAGGGGGAUCACCGAAGUCACCGUCGUGGGUUUGCACAGUCGGACGGGCGGCGCCAUGGCGGAAAGAAAAAGAACAACCAAAGUGGACUUCUUGAAGAAGAUUGAGAAAGAAGUCCAACAAAAAUGGGAUGCCAAGAAAGUGUUUGAGGUCAAUGCAUCUAAUUUAGAGAAACAGACUAGCAAGGACAAGUACUUUGUAACCUUCCCAUAUCCAUAUAUGAAUGGGCGCCUUCACUUGGGACAUACAUUUUCUUUAUCCAAAUGUGAGUUUGCAGUAGGGUACCAGAGAUUGAAAGGAAAAACUUGUCUAUUUCCCUUUGGUUUACACUGCACUGGAAUGCCUGUUAAGGCAUGUGCUGAUAAAUUGAAAAGAGAAAUAGAGCUUUAUGGUUGCCCCCCUGAUUUUCCAGAUGAGGAAGAGGAAGAAGAAGAAAUCAGUAUUAAAACAGAAGAUAUAAUAAUUAAGGAUAAAGCUAAAGGAAAAAAGAGUAAAGCUGCUGCUAAAGCUGGAUCUUCUAAAUACCAGUGGGACAUUAUGAAAUCCCUUGGUCUGUCUGAUGAAGAGAUAGUCAAAUUUUCUGAAGCAGAAUAUUGGCUUGACUAUUUCCCACCACUGGCUGUUCAGGAUCUGAAGAGAAUGGGUUUGAAGGUAGACUGGCGUCGUUCCUUCAUCACCACGGAUGUUAAUCCUUACUAUGACUCGUUUGUCAGGUGGCAGUUUUUAACAUUAAGAGAAAGAAGCAAAAUUAAAUUUGGGAAGCGGUAUACCAUUUAUUCUCCAAAAGAUGGACAGCCUUGUAUGGAUCAUGACAGACAAACUGGAGAGGGUGUUGGACCUCAGGAAUAUACUUUAAUCAAGUUGAAAGUGCUUGAGCCAUACCCAUCCAAAUUAAGUGGCUUGAAAGGGAAAAAUAUCUUCUUGGUAGCUGCUACUCUCAGACCUGAGACCAUGUUUGGACAGACAAACUGUUGGGUUUGCCCUCAUAUGAAGUACAUUGGAUUUGAGACAGUGAAUGGAGAUAUAUUCAUCUGCACCCAAAGAGCCGCAAGGAAUAUGUCAUACCAGGGCUUUACCAAGGACAAUGGAGUGGUGCCUGUUGUUAAAGAGUUAAUGGGAGAGGAUAUUCUUGGUGCAUCACUUUCUGCACCUUUAACAUCCUAUAAGGUGAUCUAUGUUCUCCCAAUGCUCACCAUCAAGGAGGAUAAAGGUACUGGUGUGGUCACAAGUGUUCCUUCUGACUCCCCCGAUGAUUUUGCUGCCUUCAGAGACUUGAAGAAAAAGCAAGCUUUACGAGCAAAAUAUGGAAUUAGAGAUGACAUGGUCUUGCCAUUUGAGCCUGUGCCAGUCAUUGAAAUUCCAGGUUUUGGACAGCUUUCUGCUGUAACCAUGUGUGAUGAGUUGAAAGUUCAGAGCCAGAAUGACCGAGAAAAACUUGCAGAAGCAAAGGAGAAAUUAUACCUAAGAGGCUUUUAUGAUGGUGUAAUGUUGGUGGAUGGAUUUAAGGGACAGAAGGUCCAAGAUGUAAAGAAGACUAUUAAAAACAAGAUGAUUGACACUGGAGAUGCAUAUAUUUACAUGGAACCAGAGAAACAAGUUAUGUCCAGGUCUUCAGAUGAAUGCGUCGUGGCCCUCUGUGACCAGUGGUACUUGGAUUAUGGAGAAGAGAACUGGAAAAAACAGACAUCCCAGUGCUUGAAGAACCUGGAAACGUUCUGUGAGGAGACCAGGAGGAAUUUUGAAGCUACCUUAGAUUGGCUGCAAGAGCAUGCUUGCUCAAGAACUUAUGGCUUAGGUACUCGUCUGCCGUGGGAUGAGGAGUGGCUGAUUGAAUCACUCUCUGACUCCACUAUUUACAUGGCAUUUUACACAGUUGCACAUCUGUUGCAGGGAGGUAACUUGCGUGGACAGACAGAGUCUCCACUGGGCAUCAGACCACAGCAGAUGACCAAGGAAGUUUGGGAUUAUGUUUUCUUCAAGGAGGCUCCAUUUCCUAAAACUCAGAUCCCAAAGGAAAAAUUAGAUCAGUUAAAGCAGGAAUUUGAGUUCUGGUAUCCUGUGGAUCUUCGAGCCUCUGGCAAGGAUCUUAUUCCAAAUCAUCUUUCAUAUUUCCUUUAUAAUCACGUGGCUAUGUGGCCAGAAGAAAGUGAUAAAUGGCCUGUAGCUGUGAGAGCAAAUGGACAUCUCCUCCUCAACUCUGAGAAGAUGUCAAAAUCCACAGGCAACUUCCUCACUUUGACCCAAGCUCUUGACAAAUAUUCAGCUGAUGGAAUGCGCUUGGCUCUAGCUGAUGCUGGUGACACUGUUGAAGAUGCUAACUUUGUGGAAACCAUGGCAGAUGCAGGUAUUCUCCGUCUGUACACCUGGGUGGAAUGGGUGAAAGAAAUGGUUGCCAACUGGGAUAGCCUAAGAAGUGGUCCUGCCAACACCUUCAAUGAUAGAGUUUUCGCCAGGACUUCCAAAACUAUGUUGAAUAACAGUGGUGAGAGUGGACAUCCUUGUCUUCUUGUUCCUGAUCUUAGAGGAAAUGCUUUCAGUUUUUCACCAUUGAGAAUGAUGUUGGCUGUGGGUUUGUCGUAUAUGGCCUUUAUUAUGUUGAGUGAAAUGAAUGCAGGCAUUAUAAAAACAGAUCAAAACUAUGAGAAGAUGAUGUUUAAAGAAGCUUUGAAAACAGGGUUUUUUGAGUUUCAGGCUGCGAAAGAUAAGUACCGUGAAUUGGCUAUAGAAGGGAUGCACCGAGACCUCGUGUUCCGGUUUAUUGAAGUUCAGACACUUCUUUUGGCUCCAUUCUGUCCUCAUUUGUGUGAGCACAUCUGGACACUCCUGGGAAAGCCCGACUCAGUUAUGAAUGCUUCAUGGCCUCUGGCAGGUCCUGUGGAUGAAAGCUUGAUACGCUCCUCACAGUAUCUCAUGGAAGUAGCACAUGACCUUAGAUUGCGACUCAAGAACUAUAUGAUACCAGCCAAAGGGAAGAAGACUGACAAGCAGCUCCCUCAGAAGCCUUCACAUUGCACCAUCUAUGUGGCGAAGAACUAUCCGUCUUGGCAACAUAUCACCCUGUCAGUUCUGCGUCAUCACUUUGAGACCAACAGUGGAAAAUUGCCUGAUAACAAGGUCAUUGCUAGUGAACUAGUCAAUUUGCCAGAAUUGAAGAAAUACAUGAAGAAAGUGAUGCCAUUUGUCGCCAUGAUUAAGGAAAAUCUGGAGAAGAUGGGACCUCGUGUUCUGGAUUUGCAAUUAGAAUUUGACGAACAGGCAGUGCUCAUGGAGAAUAUAGUCUAUCUGACCAAUUCCCUUGAGCUAGAACACAUAGAAGUCAAGUUUGCCUCUGAAGCAGAAGAUAAAGUCAGGGAAGAUUGCUGUCCUGGGAAACCACUUAAUGUUUUUAGAACAGAACCUGGUGUAUCAGUUUCCCUAGUGAAUUCUCAGCCAUUCAAUGGCCACUUCUCAACCAAAAUUGAAAUCAGGCAAGGAGAUAACCGUGAUUCUAUAAUCCGGCGUUUAAUGAAGGUGGACCGAGGAAUCAAAGACCUUUCCAAAGUGAAACUGAUGAGAUUUGAUGAUCCACUGUUGGGGCCUCGGCGAGUUCCCGUCCUGGGAAAAGAGCACGCUGAGAAGACCCCCAUUUCUGAGCAUGCUGUUUUCCACGUGGACCUCACGAGCAAGAAAAUUCAUCUUACUGAAAAUGGGCUAUGGGCAGAUAUUGGUGAUACAAUGGUCUAUCUGGUUCAUUAAAUUCAGACACAUUGGAGAUUUAUCCUGGUUUCUGGGGAUAUUACUACUAUGAUUGUGCCUGUAGAUGGGCUAUGAGAAUCAUAGGCUGGACCUAAAUAGAUUUCAUUUCUAACCAUCAAAUUCUGCAUGUACUUGUAAAUACACCAAGUUUUCUUGGAUUCUUGGACCUAAUAAAUUUUUUUUCCUUAUUGAGGCCUCAAAGAGAAGUAGUUGUACCAUACUUUGUUUUUGUUUUUUAACAAAUAAUUUCCAUUUCCCAGAAGCUUCUAGUAUUUCAGAUUAUUACAAAAGUGUCAGUAUGCUUCUUGUAUGAGGUAUACUUCAUAUUAUUUAUGAGGCUAAGGAGUAUCUAACAACUUUUUAUAUUAUAUCCAUUGUGGAGUUAGCUGUUUUUCUUCUAAAAGAGUAAGUUAGGCAGCUAGUUUUGCUUUUUAAAAAGAACUCUCAUGAUUUUAAAAGAACAAAUGAGAAUAUUUUGACUUGAUUAUGAUCACUCAGUAUUUUGUAUAAAGAACAAAUAGGUCUUAUGUUUAUAAGAAUUUUUUUAGCUUUAAUAUAUUCAGUUAACCACCAAUAAUAUUUUUUCAAGGCUAAUAUCAAUAGUUUAUAAACAGUUUAUUUGUUUUUCACUAACUUUAGGUGAAAUUUUAGGAUUUAGGAUUUCCCCCAGAAAUCUGCAUCUAUCAGAUUUGUCUUGAGUCCAGUUGUGUUUAAAGAUCAAGCCAACGGGGACUUCCCUGGUGGCACAGUGAUUAAGAAUCCGCCUGCCAGUGCAGGGGACACGGGUUCAAACUCUGGGAAGAUCCCACAUGCCGCGGAGCAACUAAACCCGUGCGCCACAGCUACUGAGCCCAUGUCCCACAGCUGCUGAAGCCCAUGUGCCUAGAGCCUGUGCUCCACAAUAAAGAGAAGCCACUGCAGCGAGAAGCCUGAGCAGCACCGCAACAAAGAGUAGCCCCCGCUUGCCGCAACUAGAGAGAAAGCCCGCACCCAGCAACGAAGACCUAAUGCAGCCAAAAGUAAAUAAAUAAAUAAAACAAAAACCAAAACAAAAAGGAUCAAGCCAACAGCAUUGCAAAUUCUCUUAUUCUUUCUGGAAUGUCAUUUGAUAUUGUCUGUGCCAUUUGUUUUCAUAUGAGGAAAAAAUAUUAGGUAUUGAUUGACAGACAAGAAAAACAUUUCCAUUUCUUGAAGGGUUUAAUAUGGGGAAAGUCCAACUCUGAUAAUCCUAAGGAACCUGAAUUCUAACUUUUCAGGUCAUGUAAAGAGAUUUUAUUGAGCUUCCUUAUUUUGCUUUAUACAGUUUGAGAUUACUGGGCCUAGUUGAAUGCUCUAUUAUAGAAUCAUUAAAGCAAAUCAUAGAACGUUAGAACUGAAAUAUUCCUUAGAGAUCAUUAAGUGCAAAUCCUUGUUUAUCUGCUAGGAACAGGCUGUAUAGCAGAGUGGAUAAGGUUACAUUCUCUGAAGUCAGGCUAGCUAUGUUAGAUUUCCAUUUCUUCCACUUGCUACUUGGGUGGUUUUGGCCAGUUACUCAGCCUAUUUCUUCAUCUGUAAAAUGGAACUAGUAAUUUACCUACUUUCUGGGCUUACUGUGAGAUGUUUAGAUGAAACAAUCUAGGAAAAUCUUAUAUAUAACAUAGUGCCUGGCAGGUGGUAGACCUUUAGAAAUGUUACUGAUGAUGAUGAUGAUGAUGAUGAGCCUUCAGUAAAUGUUACUGAAUACUUCUAUUACUACUACUACUAUAUCAGGAUUAAGAUAUAAAGAUUAUAUUAAGAUUACUAUGGGCCAUAAUCAUGUCAUAUUUGUUUGGUUCUUCUGGGGCAGCUGUUUUGUUUGCCCUCCAUUAGAUUCUUUUCUGCUCCCUCAAUCUGCAUAGCCUUAGUUAUUCCCAACAUCAAAGUAAUCCUUCCUGGGGCCUAAAGCCUACUUAAUGUUUAACUUAGGCAAAUUAAAUGAAAUGAGCUUGGCCAAAAAAAAGAAAGGUGAAAGGAAAAUAAUUUUACUGUUGUAAGUGAUUGUGCCUAUUUUAUUAAAUGAGCCUAUGAACCUAUACUUCCUUGGAUUAAGUGUGAGUUGGGAUUCAUGGAUUCUCUGUUCCCUCAGUCUCAAUUCCUAUGUGUCUCUCUUAAGAAUAAAUGUCUUGCUGGGCUGAA